AUGAAUUGGUUAGCACGUACUAUUUGGCUUCUAUUUAAUGUAUUUUUCGGUGCACCGUCCGCAACACUCCUGUUCUUGUGGGUUGCAUGUGAUUUGCAGUUACCAUUGAUAAUUAUAGAGCCGAUUUCAUCAUAUUUACCGGCGUUCAAAACUCUAUUCAACGUUCCUUACGUUCAUAUCAAUGAAUUUUCAUCUUCAGUAUCUGCUAAACUUCUAUUUAAUGCAUUUCUAUAUGCAAUUUUCGGCACAGUACAUACAUUGUUCGCCCAAGAGUUUAUGCAGGUUAUUCUCCGACGAUUUCUAUUUCCUAAAGAAACACUUCGUACAGUCUACUGUAUCUUGACAACGAUCACAGUCAUCGUUCUUAUUGGCUUCUGGCAACACACUCAUAUACAACUUUGGAAUUGGUUACCGAGAACGAUGGACAUUUACCAACAACAACGCGUACUGUUGUUGCUAUUUUUACUAUUUUAUUCGCCAGGGUCGUAUGUAAUUAUAAAGUUUAAUCCAUUGGAAUUCUGUGGUGUCAAUCAGAUCUUCAGUAAAUCGAAAACUAGUUCAUGUCCAUAUGCAUCAUCGGAAGAAUCGGAGAAGCGUACAAGUGGAAAUGAAACAUUAGUAACCACUGGUCUUUUUCGUCUUUGUCGACAUCCACUUUAUUUUUUCACAAUCUUAGCUUGGAUAAUUACACCAGUGAUGUCACUUGAUCGACUUGCGUUCAUCGUCUAUACAUGUCUUUAUGCAUUAAUUGGUAUUCGUUUUGAGGAACGAAAAUUAGUGCAAAUAUUCGGUGAAUCUUAUGUUAGAUAUCAGCAACGUGUACCGAGUAUUAUUCCUUCUUUUAGAAGGAAAGCAAAAGAACUUUAG